AUGGCCCAGACGAACCCGGCCCAGAUGCCUCCCUCACCCCAGAGCUCUACAAAACGCCCGUCAUUCGAUGCGGAUGGCGCCUCUCCAGCAAAGAGACAGCGACGAUCAUACCGGCGGCAUCACUGUUUGCAGCGUUCCCACGACCUUCUUGCUGCUGGCGCAGAGACCUUGAAUGAUAGCACCUCCAUUGAUGCCCAGCUGAAUGCGUCGAUUGCGAGAGUGCUGGAUGAGGCCGGAUUUGAUAACGUCGAGCCGGUAGUCUUGGACAGCUUCAGGAACAAUGUCGAAGAGCACUCCCUUCAACCGCAUCUCAAGGCAUUCCCGCGGAGGAUGCAGCCUACUACUACUACUACUCCCUCAUCCAAACCAAGUCUCCCUACUCCCCCUCCAGAAGGUGCAGACGAUGAAGACAAACCCAUACCAGCGCGAAAUUACGCCUUCUUGGGGCCUGAAUUAAACUCCGGGGUCGGUGAUCUGAAGAAAGCCUCCUAUAUACCCAAAAACUUCCCCAGUUUCCCAAGCAAACACACAUAUCAAGAGACCCCUGUAUUCGCCACCAAGCGAGAAAUCAACCCUGAAAAGAUCCGAGAACGCGCAACGGAGGAAGGUCGAUUGGGUGAGGAGGCCUUGCGCAAGCUCACACGUGCGGCGAGGGAGGGUCAGGGCAGCGGUCGGGCACACCGGGACAAGUUACUGUGGGGGCGCAAAAACGAGAGCAUGGACAGCAUGUUUGACAAGACACUGAAGGCAUUGGCAAAGUCGACCUCUGCCUCCAAACAGGCCGAUGGCUCCCUAGUGCUAGACCUUGGGCCGAUUGUGAACAGUAACCGGGUUUAUUGGCGCAAACCAUCAGCUCCAGCUACCCGCCCCGACCCGCAGCGUAUGACAAUGGCUGCGGCGAGGGAAGCUGAAUAG